AUGGCGGUGCCCAACUACACCUACCACAAGCUGAAGCUGUUGGGUCCAAAUGGAGUCGUCACCGUGAGCGGCUCCUUCGAGCAGGCCUACGCCAACAGUCGCGAGCACUUCGACCUCGCCACCACCUCCGCGAAUUCGGCGGAGCUCAGCCAGCUUCGCGCCACCACCGCCGAGUGUCAUCCUAACCUUGGUAAGCCCAGCCAGGAACCGACUUUUGUCUCGACUGAAGAGACCAAGUCAGUCGUGGUCAACGACGCCGACCCAUCCAAGAUAGUGCGGGGCGGCUCCCAGCUGUCGGCCAAAUAG